AUGACUUCAAUAUUUCAUUCAAAUCUUUCAAAGGAUCUUUCUUUAAUUUUAAAUGAUGCAGAUGAUUUUAAUGUUAUAAUUAGAGUUGGUGAAGAUCAAAAUGUAAAAGAAUUUUAUGCACAUUCAGUUAUUUUAAGAGCACGUUCUCCAUAUUUCAAAAGUGAACUAGAUUUGACCGAGCAAUUAGGAGAAGAUGUUCUUGAAUUAUUAGUUGCAUCAGAUGAAUUAAUGCUUGAAGAAUUAUUAGAACAUGUACAAUAUUACUUGAUUGAAAGAAAAGCUAACUGGGUUCAACAAAAUUUGGUCCUAGUUCUUCAUACGGUGUUCAACGUUGAUGGUUUCAAGAAGUUACAAGAUUAUUGUCUUGAAUUCAUCUGUUUAGACUCGCAAUUACUUGUUACUUUGAAAGAAUUUCAAUCAUUAGAUAGAGACAUUCUCUAUAGCUUGCUUGCGCGAGAUGACUUACAGAUUGACGAAGUCGUCAUAUGGGAAUGUUUAAUAAGAUGGGGCAUUGAACAAACUCCUGGAUUGGGAAGUGAGAACGGUGAUAUAACGAAAUGGAACGACGAGAAUUUUGAAGCUUUUAAAAAAACGUUGAGUCAAUUUAUUCCUCUCAUUCGAUUUGUGAGAAUGUCAUCCACUGAUUUUUUUGACAAAAUUACUCCUUAUAAGGAUAUUGUUCCCAAACAUAUAUAUGAAGAAAUGAUGGAUUUUUAUGAUGCGGGUACCUUUCCAAAAGCGACAAAUUUACUGCCGCGAGCCGGAAUCAUUCAAAUCGAAUCGAAUAUUAUGAAAUACAAACAAGCUCUUAUAAUUGCCAAUUGGAUCGAAAAGAAAGACGCAAAAGUUACUCGUAGUAAGAAUGAUUCAUUGUACGAAUUUAAACUUUUGUUUCGCGGUAGACGCGAUGGAUUUGACAAUAUCUCAUUUAGAAGUAGGUGUAAUGGACAAGGAAGAUGUUUAGUUUUAAUUAAAGUUGAUUCUUCACCAAAAAUACUUGGUGCAUUUAAUCCAUUAGGAUUUAAGGAUAAUGAUAUAGGCCAAUGGUAUAACACACAACAUAGUUUUUACUUUUCUUUUGAUAAUGAAUUAGAUACACAAAAUAUGAGAAUUAGUCGUGUUAAAACUAGUUGCGCAUUUCAUGAAUUUCGCAGUCAUGGAUUAAAUUUUGGAAAUAGUUUUAUGGUAGAGGAUCAAAUUUUAAAAAUCCAUAAAACGAAUCAUUAUGAGACUGACUUAAAUUCAACUGGCAGUUAUCAAAUUAGAGAAAUGGAAGUCCUUAGUGUAAUUAUACGAUAA